AUGAAAAGAUAUUUUGUAAAAAAAAAAUUCCGAUUUUUAGAAAAAUUUUAUAUUUAUUAAACUCAUAUUAAGAGAAACGACAUUUUUACUAGUAAUAAUUAUGCCUAAUGGUUAGCACCAGAAGAUAAAAACUAAUUUAAAGAAAUCUAGCUUCUCAAUUUUGACUAAGUUUAAAAAUAAGAAUAUUUUAAGAAAUUUAGUAUUUAAAGUAUUACAAUGUUGAUUUUUGAUAUAUCAGAAGGGUAAGUUUAUCCGUAAAACCCUAUGGAUAUCAAAAAGUUUGAACUGAGUUGGUAACAAAUUGAAGUCAUCGCUUGUUAAAUUUGAUAAGUCAAAGUUGAAAUCAGGGACUAUUUUAAAUUGAAAAUAAAUAGAAGGCAUAUUUUAUUUUUGAAGGUAGAUGAUUUCAUUACAUUAAAAAACAAUGGAGUUACAAGAAGCUCGAAAAUAAAUUUACAAAAAUCAUGGAGCUUUGAAAAGUAUGACGGUAUGAUGAAGUAGGUUAAUCUAAAUUAGUUUUGGGAAUUCCUUAUAUAAAGGAAAUAAUAGUUUAAGCAUUGCCCUAAAUGA